AUGUCUGCAUCGUCUAGAAAGCGAUCUUCGCGAAGGCCGUCGCACCCGAAGUCCCAGAAAUCAUCAACUUCACAACCUGAGCCGACAUGGCCAAUUAUGAGUUUUCUAUUCACUGUCAAUACUCUCACAUUGAACGAAGAACCCACAAACGGAGGCGUCGCGCCCAGGGUUGACGACUAUGGGCGGUGGCUUCCCCCCUUGUACCGCGCCGGCUUCGGUCAGCAGAUUCCAGGCACUGUUUAUCGAUGGGAAAAUGGGGACAUUAGCCAAGCUAUUGGGUAUGUGUGUGGUCAAGGAGCUUUGUGGAGUCCACGCGGUGUUGCAGGUUUAUAUCGAGCGAAUACUUUGUUCUAUUGUAAUCCGUUUGAACAAUUCCUUGCCACUGAGGGAGAUGCAAGCGACAGAGAUAUGGCAAAUUCUCCUGUUCCAUACCACCGAUGGUAUACUCUCCAUUUUCGGCAUCAAUCAACACUUUCGCGACUAGAUCUAGGCGGCCCCGAGCGCUACCUUGCUGGGACUGUACCGCACUCCAUCAACCAACUCGGUCUAAACUCCUGGUAUAAUCCUGAGCCGCUGGCUCAUCCUUCUUCUGGGCUUGCUGGAAACCUCGCGCUGCUGAUUGCACUCGUGGCGUUUUCUUGCAGGUCUGAGCGCUUGGACACCGUCCUUCGAACUUCCUGGAGACAUUAUGAGUGGCGAGGUCAUAACCAUAGUAAUGGCCGCCGCGAACAGAGAGGGGUUGUUGUAAACAUUUACUAUGAUCCGGAAAACCCUACCAACUCUACGGAACAGACACUCUCGGACCUCGAAUGGACCGGCGGCCCGCUCCUUAGAUAA